AUGCCUUAUACAGAUUCAUCUAUUCCACUGCAACCAAGACCUAUGGUUCCCAACAAAGAUACUGUUGUAUAUGUAUAUGGAAGUUUGGCUUGGAAAGAUCAAAUGGUGGAAUGGAAGAAGUGGCAGAGUGACAAACUCCAAGUGGUGAAGCAUGAAGAGGAUGGAAAAGAUGGAAGUUUUGGUGAUGACCUCUUGACCCUGAUGUACCAAUGGUCGAUGUGGUAUUCCACUGUUGCAGUCACGUUUGUACCAAGCUAUAUAUCGACAGAGUGGUGGUCCAUAUUCAGCCCGACUCUGUUAGUCUGUUACUGGUCUUUGUGGAAAUUGGAGAUUUUUAUGUGCUGUGAUGUUCGUGCAAUUAAUAAACUCGGUUCUCAGUUGCUUGGGGCUAAUGGUCGUGAUGAUGGUGUAUUUAUCACUUCAAAAAUAAAAGAAGGAAUUAACAAGAUUUCUUUGAUAAGCUGUGACACUCACAAAUAUAGUGCAGAAAUAUCAACAGACUGGAUUUUUGUGGGAGCACUACAAUCAGAUUUAAGGAAAUGGAAAAGGUGCUCAUCCAUUAACAGUUUGUUGGAGCUUGAAUGGGAACUUUGA